CUGGAGACAAGACCCUCGAUGUCAGCAAAUAGGAUUCGGUUGCUUCGUCUCAACUCUGGUUGCUUGUUACUAAGCCCCGACGCCCCUGGGGUCUACGAGUAAUGACGCGAAUAUAUUCUUGGCUUGACGAGGCUGUUCAAGAGUCAAAUCUUUAAGCUUGUCCACCUCGUUUCAUACCGCAUCCACAGUCAAUGCUGGCUCUUCGAUGCGAAAAGCUCCCUUCAUAAGAAUCCCCUAUACAGGGCCACUACCAACCCCUGAAUUGUAUCCACGCAAUGCAAAUUCCACCCCAGGAGCGAUCGCCGCUCUGUCGAAGUUCCUCACAGCCCCGCCAUCGCCAUCCCUACAGAAUGGAGUUGCAGAUCCGCAAUCUACGGUAGUCCUGUCAGGAGCUGGCAUCUCAGUUGCAUCCGGCCUGGCAGACUAUAGAGGGACGAAUGGCACAUACAGGCAAAACAAGGCAUAUCGACCUAUAUACUAUCAUGAAUUUCUAGCUUCUCAUGAGGCGAGAAAGAGGUAUUGGGCAAGGAGUUUUCUUGGAUGGACGAAUCUACACAAGGCGAAACCAAAUGCUGCACAUUACGCUGUCAAAGAUCUGGGAGAGAUGGGGAUUGUUCGGAGUGUGGUAACGCAGAAUGUUGAUUCUUUCCAUUCAAUUGCUCAUCCCAACCUUCCCACCCUAGAGCUCCACGGAUAUCUGCGGGCGUUGGUAUGUGUAAGCUGCCACAAUGAACUCCCAAGAGGAGUCUUUCAGGACUCGCUUGCAAAAUUGAAUCCAGCAUGGGCAGCUUUCCUCGAGGAGGUGAUUCGAUCAGGAGCGCUCGAUACCGAGAAUCCGGAUGAGCGAAGGGCAAAAGGCAUGAAGACAAAUCCAGAUGGUGAUGUUGAUCUUCCAGGCGCACCGUACACGACCUUCCGGUAUCCCGCAUGCCCACAUUGCCUCGCAAAUCCACCGAUAGCUGGUGACGGUACACAGACAAGAGUCGAGGUUGACGGAGAAGGAGCGUGGAGUGCAACCAGUACGGCUGGCAUUUUGAAGCCUGCGGUGAUAAUGUUCGGAGAGAGCAUACCAAGCAAGGUGAAGGACACGGCCGAGCAUGCAAUUGAUGGGUCUGGUAGAUUGCUGGUAUUAGGAACAUCUCUGGCAACCUAUUCAGCAUGGAGACUGGCGAAGCGAGCACUAGAACGAGGUAUGCCAAUAGGAAUUUUGAAUCUAGGAGGUGUGAGAGGAGAAGAGGCUUUCUUCCAGAAACUGCCAAUCGGUCAGACUGGAGAAGCUGGUGUUCGAGUCGAGUUUCCAACAGACAAAAUCCUGCCCAAGCUUGUUGAUCAACUCCGACAGGCUGGUUUUGCCAAAGUAGCUGAUGCAGGCAUGGCAAACGCGGCGGAUGAGCAGCACGCCAAUAGUAAAAUAUUCAAAGAUAUGCUAUCAUAGACAGCUGUAUAUGUUGUACAAAAGUAUAGAUCCCAUAGAUGGCAUUAGUAGAAUCCUACGGGAGCUUUCCUUGUCGAAUCUCCUUUGGCUUCUGGGGCUUUAGGUAUAUCCUUUGCUUCGGGUGUUUGUGUUAUUGGUGUGUUGUCCGUCGAUUCAAGAUUUCGGCCGUGUUUUGGCUUCGUUCUCCGUGAUUGCUGCCAUUCUUGGUCCUCCCUCUCAAU